GUACUACUAGUCUCGGCUGUCCUGUCCCCUUGAAAUUGUGCAGCAAGAGUCGGUGUCUUUAAGGGUGUAACUGGGAAACUAGGAUGGCGGUAGUUUGGGGUUCGCUGAUUUAACUGUUGGCCAAGUGUUUCACACAUCUUCUGGCGCUCUGGUUUUGAACUGUUCUAGGCCUGGCUAUCGCAGGCACAGGAAAUGCAGCCGUUGGCGGCGAGAGAGUGUGUAAGACUUCGUUGGCCGUGUUGCUGAAACAAAUCGCAAACUGUUUGCGAACAGAGCAGCAGUUUUGACAGUUUGAGGCGCAGGUUUUGUCGGGGUCGUUGACCCGCGGUCGCGGUGACAUGGCGGCGGCCGGGCGGGAGUGACGGUUGGCUCGCGGGCUUCGAAAGGCAGCGCGAGGAUGCUGCCUGACCUCUGAGUUCCUACACCAUCUUGUUUGUUGCUCCAGAUUCCAGCAUCUGUCUCUCAACUGUUUUUUCUUAUCUACAAAUUAAUAUUUUACACUGCAGAAUGGCAGCCAAUUCAAGAACACUUGCAGAUGUGCAAGGAACUGUUCUCUCUCUUCAUAAAAUCUCUGCAAUCAAAGAAACAAUAUCGUUUUAUGAUACCUGGUCUGAACUCUAUGAACAGGAUGUGAAACUUCUGGAUUAUCGGGCCCCUCUCUUAGCUUCGAUGAGUUUAGCAGAUGUAAUGCUUGAAGACCGUGAUCAAGCACUGGUUCUGGACGUAGCUUGUGGGACAGGACUAGUAGCUAUGCAGUUACAGAAACUUGGAUUUUGCAACUUCCAUGGAGUGGAUGGCAGCGAAAGAAUGUUGCAAUUGGCAGAGUCUAAAUCAGUAUACCAAACCCUUCAGAAAUGUAUCCUACAUGCUGGAUCACUUCCGCUGUCUUCCGAUACUUAUGAUGCUGUUUUGAUUGUUGGGGCACUAAGUGAAGGACAGGUGCCAUAUACCAUCAUUCGAGAACUCCAUCGAGUUACCAAGCUGGGGGGCUUUGUGUGCAUGACCACCAGGAUGAAUGUUUCAAAUCACCUUUACAAGACACAGCUGCAAGCUGUGAUAGAGGAAAUGGAGCAAAAAGGACUGUGGGUAAAGGUAAAAGUACAAGAAAUAAAACACUGGGAAAAGGCAUCUUCUGUACAUGAAACUAAACAAGAUUCGACCUAUAUCCCUGGGAUAAUCUUUAUCUACCAAAAAUCCAAGGAUCAUGAAUAAAAUAAAAACUCAGGAUCAUGAUUAAGAUGAAAACUGAGAAUUAUGAAAGUAGACAUUUAUUUAGAUUCACCUGCUUUUAAUCACAGUAUUGUUACUGAAAUAACAUACUGGGGUUGUAAUGAUGGACUUCUAACAAGUUGUAUAUUCACACAUGAACAGUAUUUCACUCAACUUUGAUUCACACAUGCAGAAUAUGGGCUUGUUGAUAAAGAAGUUUGCUUUUAAAAAAUGUUUAAGUAUGUUUGCAUUAUUAGGAUAAUUGUUUACACCGGAAUGUUAAUUGUCAAUAUUUUAAACUGAAGUGGGGAAGCUGGAAUACUUUGGGAAGUAAUGACACUAAUAACAAAAUCUGCUGUCUACCUGGUCUGGCCUGUACUUGAUUCCAGACCCAUUACUGUGGUUGACUCUUAACUGUGUCCUCGGGCAGGCAUGGUUGUGUAGCAGUUAGCGUAACGCUUUACAGUGCAAGCGACCUAGGUUCAAUUCCAGCCACUGUAAGUCGUUUGUACGUUCUCCCCUUGUCUGCAUGGGUUUCCUCCGGUGCUCCGGUUUCCUUCCACAUUCCAUUGACGUACGGAUUAGGAAGUUUUGGGCAUGCUCUGUUGGUGCCAGAACACUCUACGCAAAAAGAUGCUUUUCAUUGUGUGUUUCGAUGUACGUGUGACUAAUAAAGAUAUCUUAA